GAAGCGGAAGUGUGAGCAACAGCAAAGUUCACUCAACACAAGUCUGAAAACUGAGACGAGCAGAUUAUUCUCCCCAACAGACUGACAGGAAACACAGGAAGUGAGAUGUGUCAGCUUCUCUUCCCCACUUUGUGACCAAGACGUUUUGUCUGAUCAGAAGUGUUACAGAAUGGCUCAAGGCUGCCUCAAGUGUUUAAAGUACACCAUGUGUUUUGCCAACUUCCUUUGUUUUUUAUGUGGUGUGGCGGUGCUCAGCUUCGGUGUGUACUUGAUGGUGAGCUUCAAGAUGACUGCGCUCACCCCGACCUUGGCCAAGUUCAACUCAGCCAACAUGCUGCUGGUCAGUGGCAUCAUCAUCACCUGUGUGUCCUUCCUGGGUUUCCUAGGUGCUCUGAAGGAGAACCGCUGUCUCCUCCUGACGUUCUUCCUGCUGCUGUUCCUCCUGAUGCUGGUGGAGCUGACUGCAGCAUGCUUGCUCCUCAUGUAUGAGAGCGAGAUCGCUUCACUGGUGAAGGAUGAUCUUCAUGAUGGGUUAGAGAAGGCAAAAGCAAAGACAAAGGAAAAAAGCAACUCAACGAGUGAGGCCAUAACUGAGUGGGAUGUUCUUCAGAAACAGUUGGAUUGCUGUGGUGUCACUAAUCAAACAGACUGGGGAGAGAACGUGCCAGCCUCCUGCUGCCGGAGCUAUUGUGACACCCAAAAUCCCCAGUACCAAGAAAAGGGUUGUGUGGAAAAGUUGAAGAGCCUGUUUGAGGAGAAUUUCCUAACCACUGGGAUUUCUGUCAUUGUCCUCUGCAUUAUCGAGGUCCUGGGAAUGUGUUUUGCCAUGACACUCUUCUGCCACAUCAGUAGAUCUGGACUGGGCUACAAGUUAUAGACAAUAUUCUCUUAAACAAUCUAUCUUUUAUCUACAUGUUUUAAGGUUAAUUUUGUUGUACAGUACUGUCCUUUAAAAAAUCAUAUUUGCAAAUGGCUGAAAAGGUGUUUUCUGGAAAAGGCUUAAGAUCAGAAAAUAAUUUUGUGAGGACAAAACUAUGAUUUUAUUAAUUGUUUUACCAUGAUCACAAAAUAUUUUGAGCUUAACACAGAACGAACAUUUUCUGUUACUCGAAAAUGAAACAAAAAUGUUUCAGACAUGACAACGCCUUUUGUAAGUGUGAAUGAUCAAACUAUAUAAAAUGCUAUUUCAGUCUGAGCUGUGUGAAAUGGAAGCCGCUUGUUGUUCCUUUUAACUUCCCUACAUUGUACAUCUUCUGAAGGAAAUGAUUAUGAAAAGCAGCUGUUCGUGUAAAAUAUUACCUAUCUACUCAAACUUUCACCUGCAAACUUUUCAAAAAUAAUAAGUUUUGGAAAUCCUACAAUAUACCAAUAAAAUAUUGUUUAUAGUAUAAA